UGGGCGUAGGAGUAGCGGGCUGGGACACACACGCGCAAGGGACGCGCGACGAGCGCACGGUGCAGGCCAGCGGGCGCGAUUGGGAUGCAAGCACGGAUUACCCUUGCCGCGCGGGACUAGGCGUAGCGAAGACGCGUGCGUGGUGCGCGCGCGAUACAACGCGCACGAAGAAAUAAGGGCCGAAGAAUUUCCUCAGGAUUCACGUCAGUAUUUAUCGGCCAUUUUUGGCGACUCGUCAAGAGAUUUGUGUGCCUUAGUAAUCAGUAAGAAUUUUAUCACGUGUUCAAUAAUUUUGAACUUUUCCCAUGUUCAGAUGUCGCCCCGUAGGGAACCCGAUUAUCCGGCUCCUACUCAGGCCACAGUAGUCGCACAGUUCCGCGACUAUCAUGCCGAGAAAUUCUCAGGGCAGGGAGAUCCUCGCAUCGUAGACGAAUGGAUUCAGGGCUUGGAGUUUAUCUUCGAGUUCAUGGAUUUCCCUGAUAGAUAUCGCGUAAUUUGCGCUCAGCUUCAGCUCACCGGUGAUGCUCGGCUCUGGUGGAAUGCCUACUGGAGUAUGCGUCCCGGCGAGAAGGCGGGAUGUACGUGGGAGAUGCUCAAGGAGCUAAUCCGUGAGAAGUACUACCCCACCUACUACCGAGCAGAGAUGGAGCGUCAGUUUCUAUCGCUCCAGCAGGGUACUCUUACUGUUGACGAGUAUGAGAGGGAGUUCACUAGACUUGCAGCUUUCGUUCCUGAUUUGGUUCGCACGAAGGCCCAGAGAGCACAGCGUUUCAUUGACGGGCUUUACCCAGCAGUCCGUCAUAACAUCGUAGGCCACGGGACACAGACGUACGCUCGUGCA